GGCUACGAGGUAAAUGUGAUUUCUGAAUGAAGCUGACUUCUGAUGAGGCUACAAGAUGUGGAUGAGUGUGCCCUUGGACUUGAUGACUGUCAUCCAGAUGCUAUUUGCCAAAACACCCUGAAGCUCUACAAGUGCAUGUGCAAAGUGGGUUACACUGGCGAAGGGAAGAAAUGUGAAGACAUUGAUGAAUGUGAUAACGACUUCAACGGCGGCUGCGUGCACGAGUGUUUCAACAUCCCCGGGAACUACCGCUGCACUUGCUAUGAUGGCUUCAUGUUGGCUCACGAUGGCCACAACUGCCUGGAUACAGACGAAUGCAUGUUCAACAACGGGGGUUGCCAGCAUGUCUGUGUCAACACCGUGGGGAGCUAUGAAUGCCGCUGUAAGGAAGGGUUCUUCCUCAGCGACAACCAGCACACCUGCAUUCACCGCUCAGAAGAAGGUAUGAGCUGCAUGAACAAAGAUCAUGGCUGUGCCCACAUCUGCAGAGAAACACCCAAAGGAGGGGUUGCCUGUGAGUGCCGACCGGGAUUUGAGCUAUCCAAGAACCAGAGGAGCUGCAUUUUAACAUGUAAUCAUGGAAAUGGUGGCUGUCAACAUACAUGUGAUGAUGCUGAUAAUGGACCUGUUUGUGGAUGUCACCCCAAGUACAUCAUGCACGUGGAUGGGAAAACCUGCCUGGAGAGGGAGGAGGCUGCCCUUGAAAUUUCUGAGGGUAACACCACAGCAGGAGCUGAUGUGGACAAGAGGGUAAAGCGACGAUUGCUCAUGGAAACAUGUGCCGUAAAUAACGGUGGCUGUGAUCGUACUUGUAAAGAUACGUCGACCGGAGUUCACUGCAGCUGUCCUGUUGGAUUCGCACUACAGUUUGAUGGCAAGACGUGUAAAGAUAUUGAUGAAUGCCAGUCCAAUAACGGAGGCUGCGAUCAUUUCUGUAAAAACACUGUUGGCAGUUUUGAUUGCAGCUGCAGAAAAGGAUUUAAAUUAUUAACAGAUGAGAAAUCUUGUCAAGACAUUGAUGAAUGUUCUUUUGAGCGGACAUGCGACCACACGUGCAUCAAUCAUCCAGGCACCUUUGAAUGUACUUGCAACAAAGGAUAUGCCCUCUAUGGCUUCACACAUUGUGGAGAUAUUAAUGAAUGUAGCAUCAACAACGGUGGUUGCCAACAGAUAUGUGUUAAUACAGCAGGAGACUAUGAAUGCCUGUGUCACUCUAACUACAAAUUGCACUGGAAUAAAAAGGAUUGUGUUGAGAUAAAGGAGCCCCUGCCUGAUAAUAUGUCACCCAAAGUAUUGCUGCACUGCAUUAAGAGUGGUGGGAGCGAUAGAUGCUUCUUAAGCUGCUCGUCGGAUGUCCAGGUAGUUUCUGGAACACAAGAUGCCUACACCCUUACCUGUGGCAGCUCUUCUCAGCUUAAGAAAAAGCAGCAAAAUACAAAUGCAUCCACUUGGCUGGAUACCUCAGCCAUCAAGAUAAGCGUAACCUUUAAGUUAACUGAAGGAAAAUGUAGUUUGAAAAAGACUGAGAUGUUUCAAGAAGGUCUGGAACAGAUGAUACCAGAGAGACAUAAUUCAGUAAUGGAGAGCUUCCACUAUGUAAACCUAACAUGCAGCUCUGGCAAGAAAGUUCAUGGACCCUUCAGUAGACUGCCAGCGACUAAAGAAAUUUUUAUCACUGCGAACUUUGAGCUUGAAACAAGCCAUAAGGAGGUGACAGAGACGUGCGAUGUGCGCUGCGCACGAAAAAAGACGGAAAAGAGGUUCCGUAAAACCAUCCGCACCUUGCGGAAGACGGUCAGCAGGGACCACUUCCGUGUUCGCGUCUCCGGGAUGGACCAUGAAGUGGCGAGAAAGGCUCUCAAGCUGUCAGAGCCACAGGAGUCAUGUGGUGUGGGACAGAUGCAUGUGGGUAACAGAUGUGAUCAGUGCUCUCCAGGCGAGCACUCCCUUGAUGGCUUCAAGCCCUGUCUGCCGUGCCCCGUUGGAACGUACCAGCCGGAGGCCGGGCGGGUGUCCUGCUCUCCCUGCGGAGGAGGGCUGACCACCCGGUACAGUGGCGCAUCCCUGUUUCAGGACUGUGAGACCAAAGUUCAGUGUUCACCUGGUCAUUUUUAUAAUACUACAACUCAUCGGUGUAUUCGCUGCGUAGUUGGGACAUAUCAGCCUGAGUUUGGACAAAAUUACUGUAUUUCAUGCCCUGGAAACACUACUACUGACUUUGAUGGGUCAACUAAUGUAACACAAUGCAAAAACAGGCAGUGUGGAGGGGAACUGGGAGAUUACACUGGAUAUAUUGAGUCCCCAAACUAUCCAGGGAACUAUCCUGCAAACGCCGAGUGUACUUGGAAUAUUAACCCACCGCCAAAGCGCCGUAUUCUGAUUGUGGUGCCAGAAAUAUUUCUGCCAAUAGAAGAUGAAUGUGGAGACUACCUGGUGAUGCGCAAGAGUUCGUCUUCCAAUUCUGUGACCACAUAUGAAACCUGUCAAACCUAUGAACGUCCUAUAGCUUUCACAUCAAGGUCUAAGAAGCUGUGGAUCCAGUUCAAGUCAAAUGAAGGGAACAGUGCCAAAGGAUUCCAAGUUCCCUACGUAACAUACGAUGAGGAUUAUCAAGAGCUAAUAGAAGAUAUUGUUCGGGAUGGUAGACUUUAUGCAUCUGAAAAUCAUCAAGAAAUACUUAAGGAUAAGAAGCUGAUAAAAGCGCUGUUUGAUGUGUUGGCGCAUCCACAAAACUACUUCAAGUACACAGCCCAAGAAUCAAGAGAGAUGUUCCCCAGAUCCUUCAUACGACUGCUGCGCUCUAAAGUUUCCAGAUUUUUGAGGCCUUACAAGUAGUUGGUGCUGUACUUAAAGUAUUAACUGGCCCUGGGCAUGCACAGAGAGGUUGUAGUAGGUGGGACUGCUUUCUGUUUUGCUCAGUGGUGUGGAGAAACUCUGGGAAAGCUUGCCACUCAGUUCUGUUCUUGGCAGAGUUUGGCUUUCUCAGUUAAUAUAAAUAUUUUCAUGACCAGGAUUUUGAUUCCUUUCCAGAUGAUACCUUUUGGGUGCCUAUGAUACCUCAUGGGUGUGCAUAUUAGAGACUGCCCAUAGUUUCUGUAAUGGGAUGGUACGAGCAGAAGUUUGUAGAGCUCUGGUGCUUCAUCAGUAAGUCUAAAAGCUACCGAGGACAGACUGGCCAAGUAGUGAGUACUGUGCAUAAAUGUGCAGUACCUCAUCAAAGCCAGGUUCACUUUCAGCCUCACUGAAAGAGAGGACAAGAUUGAUAUCUGUUAACUUUUAUUGUUCAGAAAAUUCAGAGCUAAGAUUGAAAUGGUUUUAAUCUAAACCAGUGAGUCCCGGAACUGCACAAGAGGUCAUUUGCCCCUGUGUUGUAUACGGCAUAUGGAGGAAUAAGUAAAUUGUUGAAUAUUA